AUGCCCCCGAUCAAAGUGACGUCAUCGGGCGUCGACGUGAACGACGGCGACGUCUCGGGGGCGGAAUCCGAGCACUCGAACACAAGUCGCGAAAAUGACGGGGCCCGCGAUACGAGCGAGGACGAGGCCGACUCCGACGACAGUAGUGAGAUGGACGAAGGUAAUGUAACCUCGAAAGGGCGCAAGAGUUUUUCUACAAGCGGGUUAUUUGUAGGGGAGUGCGAAAGCAGACGUACUGAACUCUUGCAGCACGUGCAUGAUCUAGAGAAUCAGUUCGGGCACUUAAAGGAGCAACUGUACAAAGAGAGAAUUACGCAGGUUGAGCACCAACUAUACGAAGUAAAAGCGGGGCGCUCCCCAGAAUAUUUAGUACCUUUAUCAGAGCUGCAAGAUAACAUGCGGAUACGAACUGAAGUAGCAGAUAUUCUACGCCGUUUGAAGCUGGAAAACAUCAAAAAUCAAUUUGAUGCAGAGGAACAGGCUGCCAAACAAAACUUUGAGAGUGAGAAAAACCUUGCAAGAGACUUUUACCAUACUGAACUGUUGGAUACUAUACGAAGAUUAGAAGAGGAUAGACAGAACAGUGAAAUCACCUGGGGUGAGGGGGGUGAAUGGGGUACAAGGUCAAGGUCGAGGUCCAAAAGGAAGGCUGUUACAGUUUCAGGGCCCUACAUUGUUUAUAUGUUGAAGCCACAAGAUAUAAUUGAGGAUUGGACUGUAAUUCGGAAAGCUUUAAAGCGAACGUCCUAA